AUGUACGGCGAACUCGGCAACAAACUGGUAAGUGGAAUUCUCUCAGAAAAGCACCAAGAACUUUCGAGGCUGCAGUCUCAAUAUCUUGCAGCGCCCUCGCUAACCGCCAAUUUGCAAGCGGAACAGGUCCAGCACGCGAAACGCACGCAAUCCCUCGCCCAUCUUCCCCCAUACCAAACCGAGAUUGUCCGCGCGGUGACCCGUGAGGUGCGUGAUCUGGAUCGCGACGUUGCCCGCCUCCUUGACCCCUUCGAGGGCUCUUUCAACCCCUCGGCCGACCCGGCCACGGCCUGUGCCCUGCUAGUGGACCACCUGUGUAUGCGGCGCAACAAACGUUGCCUGCUGGCGUAUCAUCGUGUACGGACGGAGAAACUGGAGGAGCUGUGCUGGACCGGCGUCGAUGUUCUCGAGCAGCAACAGCCGACCGAGGCGUCCGAGGACCGGGGACAAUCUCAGAGCGGCCACAGUUCGCUCAGCCCCGAGGAAGAAGAGUAUUUCCGGCAGUAUGGCGACAUGCUGGCGGCAUACAAGGGACAAUGGACGGACAUUGACCUGACGGGGACCUUGGAGCCGCCCAAGGAUCUUUUUAUCGACGUGCGCGUGUUGAAGGAUGCGGGGGAGAUCCAGACUGAAUACGGUGUGAUCAACCUGACCAAGAACAGCCAGCUAUAUGUCCGACAAGGCGAUGUCGAGCGAUUGAUCGCACAAGGCUUCCUCGAGCGAUUGAGCUGA